AUGGCGCGCUUGGCAGUCUAUGGUGCCAUCAGCACCAUCCUUGCAGGCGGAGUCAUUGCCAGCGCAUUCGCACAGCGGAGCAAUUUCUAUGCAGCAUGCAUCUACCUCUACAGGUCCAACGCUUGCAUGAUGAUCAUAUUGAACCUCGGUCUGUUCUUAACCAUUAUUGCGGGCCAGUUGGUCCAAAUCAUCUUCUUUGGCAAUCUCAGAACGCUCGAAGUCGAGCAUCUGUAUGAGCGAGCAUGGUAUGCUGUGACGGAAACCUGCUUGGCGAUGACAAUCUUCAAGGACGAGUUUGAUACCCUAUUUGUGGUUAUGUUUACCGUACUUCUUUUCUUGAAAGUAUUCCAUUGGUUAUGCAUGGAUCGAGUCGACUCUAUGGAGCAAUCACCAGAGAUCCCAUUAUCGUUCCACGUCAGGAUGGUGACAAUGAUUACGAUGCUUGUAGGUCUCGAUAUCCUGCUUGUCCUCCACGCCGUCAACAUGGUCACCUUGAAGGGACCGAACAUGAUGAUCAUGUUUGGCUUUGAGUACACCUUACUUGCGACAAGUCUUCUGGCGUCGUUCGGAAAAUACGUACUGCACACGAUUGACAUGCGGAGCGAGGAGCCCUGGGAGAACAAAUCGAUGCUUCUUUUCUAUCUGGAUCUGGUCGCUGACUUUGUCAAGCUGGUGACCUACCUUCUCUUUUUCUCGGUCAUCUUGGUGUGCUACGGACUUCCAUUGCACAUCAUCCGGGACGUUUACAUGACAAUGCGCUCGUUCCUGCAAAAGUGCAAGGACUUGGUUCAGUACCGGAAGGCUACUAGGAACAUGAAUGAGCGCUACCCGGAUGCAUCACCUGCAGAGCUGGCUGCGCUUAGUGACCCUAUCUGUAUCAUUUGCCGCGAGGAAAUGGUUGGCAGCCAACCGCAUAUGGCACCAGCGUCAACGGCGGAAGCGGGAGGACAAGGAAACGCCAACGGCGCUCCAGCAGCCCAGGCGCGACCGGGUCCCACGCGCACAUCAGGAACAACCACCAAUGUGCCCAAAAAACUUCCAUGUGGGCACAUUUUUCAUUUUCAUUGUCUCAAGAGCUGGUUGGAGCGUCAGCAGAGCUGUCCCACAUGGUAA